CAGAGACUGAUGGAGAGGCAGAAACGGAAGGCGGACAUCGAGAAGGGCCUGCAGUUCAUUCAGUCAACACUACCCCUAAAGCAAGAAGAAUAUGAGGCCUUUCUGCUCAAGCUGGUGCAGAACCUGUUUGCUGAGGGCAAUGACCUGUUCCGGGAGAAGGACUACAAGCAGGCCCUGGUGCAGUACAUGGAGGGGCUGAACGUGGCGGACUACGCCGCCUCUGACCAGGUGGCACUGCCUCGGGAGCUGCUGUGUAAGCUGCACGUCAACAGGGCCGCCUGCUACUUCACCAUGGGCCUGUUCGAGAAGGCGCUGGAGGACAGUGAGAGGGCACUGGACCUGGACGGGGAGAACAUCCGUGCGCUCUUCCGCAAGGCGCGGACGCUCAACGAGCUGGGCCGUCACAAGGAGGCGUAUGAGUGCAGCAGCCGCUGCUCCCUGGCCCUGCCCCACGAUGACAGUGUGACUCAGCUUGGUCAGGAGCUGGCUCAGAAGCUUGGGCUGCGAGUUCGGAAGGCGUAUAAGAGACCCCAGGAACUGGAAACCUUUUCUCUGCUGAGUAAUGGCACGGCGACUGGCGUGGCGGAUCAGGGAACGUCCAACGGACUGGGAUCCAUCGAUGACAUCGAGACAGACUGCUACAUAGACCUGCACAGCUCUCUGGCCCCCCUGCUCUCCACCCCCACAAUGCCUCUGUUCCCCCAUGUUCUGGACCUACUGGCCCCCCUGGACAGUAGCAGCAGGCCCCUCUCCAGCACUGAGAGCCUGGAUGACUUCUCCGACGGGGAUGUCUUUGGUCCAGAGCUGGACACCCUCCUGGACUCACUGUCUCUGGUCCAGGGUGGUCUGCCCGGCGGCCUGCACAGCGAGUUGCCCCAGCUGAUCCCUGUGUUUCCUGGUGGGACCCCCCUGCUGCCGCCUGUGGUGGGCAGCUCCGUCCCUGUCUCUAGCCCACUGCCCCCCGCCUCCUUUGGCCUCGUCAUGGACUCCUCCAAGAAGCUGGCCGCCUCCGUGCUGGAUGCCCUCGACCCCGCAGGCUCGGCUCUGGACACUCUGGACCUGCUGCCAUACUCGGAAACACGGCUGGACGCCCUGGACAGCUUCGGAGCGGCCCGCAGCUCCCUGGACAAGCCUGAUGCCUUCUCUGUGGAGGACACCAGCACACAGGACCCUCUGCCCCCAAGCGGCCCUCAGAAGCUAGCCCCCUCGCCAGAGCCCUCCAUGCCCAACACCGCCCUGCUCAUCAAGAACCCGUUGGCUGCCACCCAUGAGUUCAAGCAGGCAUGUCAGCUCUGCUACCCAAAGACAGGCCCCAGGGCAGGCGACUAUACCUACCGCGAGGGCCUUGAACACAAGUGCAAGCGCGACAUGCUGCUCGGCCGGCUGCGCAGCGCUGAGGACCAGACGUGGAAGCGCAUCCGGCCCCGGCCCACCAAGACCAGCUUUGUGGGCUCCUACUACCUGUGCAAAGACAUGAUUAACAAGCAGGACUGUAAGUACGGGGAUAACUGCACGUUCGCCUACCAUCAGGAGGAGAUCGACGUGUGGACCGAGGAGCGCAAGGGCACCCUCAACCGAGACCUGCUCUUCGACCCGCUGGGGGGCGUCAAGCGUGGCAGCCUCACCAUCGCCAAGCUCCUUAAGGAGCACCAGGGCAUUUUCACCUUCCUCUGCGAGAUCUGCUUUGACAGUAAACCCCGGAUCAUCAGCAAAGGCACCAAGGACUCGCCACCCGUCUGCUCUAACCUGGCCGCCAAGCACAGCUUCUACAACAACAAGUGCCUGGUGCACAUCGUCCGCUCCACCUCCCUCAAGUACUCCAAGAUCCGCCAGUUCCAGGAGCACUUCCAGUUUGACGUGUGCCGCCACGAGGUGCGCUACGGCUGCCUGCGGGAGGACAGCUGCCACUUUGCACACAGCUUCAUCGAGCUCAAGGUCUGGCUGCUGCAGCAGUACUCAGGCAUGACCCACGAAGAUAUCGUCCAAGAGUCCAAGAAAUACUGGCAGCAGAUGGAGGCCCAUGCCGGGAAGGCCAGCAGCAGCUUGGGUGCCCCGCGGACGCACGGGCCCAGCACCUUUGACCUGCAGAUGAAAUUCGUGUGUGGCCAGUGCUGGCGGAAUGGGCAGGUGGUGGAGCCCGACAAGGACCUCAAGUAUUGCAGCGCCAAGGCCCGGCACUGCUGGACCAAGGAGCGGCGGGUCCUGCUGGUGAUGUCCAAGGCCAAGAGGAAAUGGGUGUCCGUGCGACCACUGCCAUCUAUCCGCAACUUCCCACAGCAAUAUGACCUCUGCAUCCACGCGCAGAAUGGCCGCAAGUGUCAGUAUGUGGGCAACUGCUCCUUCGCGCACAGCCCUGAGGAGAGGGACAUGUGGACCUUCAUGAAGGAGAACAAGAUCCUGGACAUGCAGCAGACCUAUGACAUGUGGCUGAAGAAACAUAACCCUGGGAAGCCGGGGGAGGGGACCCCGAUCAGCUCCAGGGAAGGGGAGAAGCAGAUCCAGAUGCCCACAGACUACGCUGACAUCAUGAUGGGCUACCACUGCUGGCUCUGCGGCAAGAACAGCAACAGCAAGAAACAGUGGCAGCAGCACAUCCAGUCGGAGAAGCACAAGGAGAAAGUCUUUACCUCGGACAGCGACGCCAGCGGCUGGGCCUUCCGCUUCCCCAUGGGCGAGUUCCGGCUCUGUGACAGGCUGCAGAAGGGGAAGCCCUGCCCCGAUGGGGACAAGUGCCGCUGCGCCCAUGGCCAGGAGGAACUCACUGAGUGGCUGGACCGGCGCGAGGUGCUGAAGCAGAAGCUGGCCAAGGCCCGCAAGGACAUGCUGCUGUGUCCUCGAGAUGACGACUUCGGCAAGUACAACUUCCUGCUGCAGGAGGGUGGAGACACUGCCGCCCCCGAAGUCCCGGUAACCACCGUCGCUGCCGCCACUGUCGCUGCCAUCACCACCAUCGCCGCCACCACCACCACCACCGCCACAACCACCACCACAGUCACUACCGGGGAGUAG